UGUAACGUUACUCCAUUUUGAAUCGGCUUGUUCAGCGGUACCUAACAGGCUUGAUUUACAACAUGUUAAUAAAUAUGUAAAAUUUCAGUUAACGUACUCAACUGUUGGAGAUAUGCUUAGAUCAGGGCGAAAGUCUUUCCAGAAGAUGUCUGGUUCAGUCACAAAGCUCAAUAAUGAUCAGCAGACGAUUUUGUUUGAAAUGCUAAAAGAAGAACUGCCCACUUCAAUCAGAAUGUAUGGAAUGGUGAAGAAUAUUAUUACUAACAAGUGGCCAUACUUUGAGGUUUUUGUUGAUGAGUGGCCAAAGUACCAUGCAGUGCUUACUAGGCCUAUUCUAGAUAAAUGUGAUAGUUUCAGUGGAGAGUAUGUUUUAAUCCAUGGGAAUGACCCUUAUGCUAUCAUGAACAUUUUACGCCAGCCUAGCAUUUUUGACUGGCAAAAGGAGUAUAUAUUUGAAAUCCCACCAGACAUACGAGACUUGCUGUUCACACUGUUGCCUGAUGGUUCUCAGUUAGAAGAACUGCACAGGGGAUGUGUUUUUGCUGUCUGUCGAAAUGCAAUGAAAUUCAGUUUUGAAGUACAGUUACCAGAUAUUCAAGUGUCGUUAGUGAAGCAGAAGGAUGUAACAGACAUAUUUAGAAACUGGAAUUACAUUCAUCCCGAACUGUAUUUGUUUUUAACAAGACUGGUGAACUCCAAGCUUCCAUCUAUUUGCCUCAGGGCUAAAAAUGGCCAACUUGUGGCCUAUGCAUUUGUACAUAUGCAGAACCUCAUAGGCAUGACGUAUGUCAGGCAGGAUUACAGAAGGAAAGGUUUGGCUAUGGCCUGCAUUAGCCUCUUGACGAAGCUACUCUUCGAAGAAGAAGCUUUUGUUGCUGCCCAUGUUAAUUAUGAUAACAAAGCUUUCAGGAAUUUACUUUUGAGCUGUGGAUUUGUAAGUCUUGAUGGAACAAAUGACUACGUAAUUUUAACAUAUCAUCCACUGAAGGAAACUACUUGAGUUAAUUCUCAGUUUUUGUCUAUAAAACAAGAUUAGAAAACAUAUUGAAUAGUCUGUAGUUUUAAUCACAAGCGUAUUCCAAGUCGAAAGCAAAAAAUGAAGGAGACAUACAGCAGUUUUUGGUUUGAUUACCUAAGUUAUUUCACUAUUAAGUAUUAUUAACAUUUUAGAUAUUAUUAUUAUUAUUAUUAUUAUUAUUAUUAUUAUUGUAUCCGUUUAUGAUGAAGAAACCUGGAUCAUCCGAUUUAAUAUUGUAUUUGAAAAAAGAAAUGCAUAAUUCUUAACACUUUCAGUUUGUAAUACUAUCCAUAACCAAACUAUGCCUCCAUAAUUUUAAAAUAUGAUAUAUUUAAUUUUAUGUCAGGUGUCUACUUUUAAUGUGUGUUUUUUAUUAUUAAAUCAUGAUGGAUAUAUUUCAGAAUAUAUGAACAUUUAAUAAAUUCAGAAAUUUAUUUUACAAAAUAAUAAUUAAAAACAUUAAUACAUUUUAUUUUAUAAAUGCUUAUUAUACAUCUGUAGUUCUACAACAUUUUGUAAAUUUUAAAAUGAAAACAGAAAUAAACAUUAUUAUUAAUGUUG